AGCCCGAGCUGGAGUCUGUGCCGGCGGCUGCAGCAGAGGUGGUGAUGUCGGUGCAGGUUGUGUCAGCAGCGGCUGCCGCCAAGGUGCCGGAGGUGGAGCUGAAGGACCUGAGUCCAUCCGAGCCGGAGCCCCAGCUAGGACUGAGCACGGCGGCCCUGAGCGCCAUGGCCCCCGCAGCGGGCGGCGGAGAUCCCGAGGCUCCAACUCCCGCCGCCGAGCGGCCCCCGGCCCCUGGCUCGGGGCCCGCCGCGGCUCUCAGCCCUGCGGCCGGGAAGGUGCCUCAGGCGUCGGCCAUGAAGCGGAGCGACCCCCACCAUCAGCAUCAGCGGCACCGCGACGGUGGCGAGGCCCUGAUCAGCCCCGACGGCACCGUCUCCGAGGCGCCGCGCACCGUCAAGAAGCAGAUUCAGUUUGCUGACCAGAAGCAAGAAUUCAACAAACGUCCCACCAAAAUUGGACGCCGCUCUCUGUCCCGUUCUAUUUCUCAGUCAUCUACUGACAGCUAUAGCUCAGCGGCUUCAUAUACAGACAGUUCUGAUGAUGAGACAUCACCCAGGGACAAGCAGCAAAAGAAUUCUAAGGGAAGCAGUGACUUCUGUGUCAAGAACAUCAAACAGGCAGAAUUUGGACGCAGAGAAAUUGAAAUUGCUGAGCAAGAAAUGCCUGCACUGAUGGCUCUAAGGAAGAGAGCUCAAGGAGAAAAGCCUUUGGCUGGAGCCAAAAUUGUGGGUUGCACACACAUCACUGCUCAAACUGCUGUGCUUAUGGAAACUCUGGGUGCUCUGGGGGCACAGUGCCGAUGGGCUGCCUGUAACAUCUAUUCUACUCUCAAUGAAGUGGCUGCUGCUCUAGCAGAAAGUGGAUUUCCUGUCUUUGCCUGGAAAGGAGAGUCUGAAGAUGACUUUUGGUGGUGCAUUGACAGAUGUGUGAAUGUUGAAGGCUGGCAGCCAAACAUGAUCUUGGAUGAUGGAGGAGAUCUUACUCACUGGAUUUAUAAAAAGUAUCCCAACAUGUUUAAGAAAAUCAAGGGCAUAGUUGAGGAAAGUGUUACUGGUGUUCAUAGACUUUACCAACUGUCCAAAGCCGGGAAACUAUGUGUUCCAGCCAUGAAUGUCAAUGACUCAGUCACCAAGCAGAAAUUUGACAACCUCUACUGCUGCAGAGAAUCAAUUCUUGAUGGACUUAAAAGGACAACGGACAUGAUGUUUGGUGGAAAACAAGUGGUGGUCUGUGGCUAUGGAGAGGUGGGGAAGGGGUGCUGUGCUGCUCUGAAGGCCAUGGGUUCCAUUGUGUAUGUAACUGAGAUCGACCCCAUCUGUGCUCUGCAAGCCUGUAUGGAUGGAUUUCGACUGGUGAAAUUAAAUGAGGUUAUUCGACAAGUGGACAUAGUGAUUACCUGUACAGGUAAUAAGAAUGUGGUAACCAGGGAGCAUUUGGACCGAAUGAAGAAUAGCUGCAUUGUUUGUAAUAUGGGACAUUCCAACACGGAGAUCGACGUGGCAAGUCUGCGGACACCAGAACUGACCUGGGAGCGAGUGAGGUCCCAAGUUGACCAUGUGAUAUGGCCUGAUGGCAAAAGGAUAGUACUGUUGGCAGAGGGCCGUCUGCUGAACCUAAGUUGCUCCACAGUGCCUACAUUUGUGCUUUCAAUCACUGCUACUACUCAGGCUCUCGCCUUGAUAGAACUUUACAAUGCUCCUGAGGGUCGCUAUAAACAGGAUGUCUACCUGUUGCCUAAGAAAAUGGAUGAGUAUGUGGCAAGCCUACACCUACCAACUUUUGAUGCCCACCUGACAGAGCUGACAGAUGAACAGGCGAAGUAUCUGGGACUCAACAAGAAUGGGCCUUUCAAGCCUAAUUACUACAGGUAUUAAAUUCCUGUAACUCAAGCCAGAAGACAUUUUAAGGAAUAGAACUCCAAGCCUUUUCUCCACUACUAUCUAAGAAAGAACCCAGCAAGCUGCUUCUCCAAUCAGAGCUGCCCGCCGUGCUCUCCCUGUGUGUUAGGUUAUUUAUUUAUUAAAAUCUAGAAUCCUGUGCCUGUAGCCUUGGCCCAGAGUGUGGUUACUGCUCCUAGGGCCAUGGGAACUGCAGAAGACAGGCUGAGGAAGGAAAGCAAUGGGGUCGCCAAGCCUAGUGCAUCAUUCACAUCAUUGCCUAUUGAUGAACUCCUCAGCAAUAGCUGUUUCUCUCAUCCAGGCUCAGGAGUUCAGGGAUUCCAGACUCUUUGUUCCCUGGGGUUUUCUGGAAUAAAUUCAGCAGCUGCCUUUCUCAGCUUUGAUCAUUCUCCCCUGGUGAAGCCUUUUGGGAGCCACUGAAUUCACAUGGCCUGGGUUCUCAGCCUUGGCCACACUGUCACUGCCUUCUUUACAAAAAAGUCUAGUAAAAAAGGAGUGUUAAGGCCUUGCAAGCCACUCGAGAACUUAGUUGUGCCUGUUGUCUGUGCCUAAUGGGGUCUCCUUCCUUACAUAGGACUCCUUUCUUCUUGACUCGUAAGUCCGUUUUAAUGCUUCUGGUUCCAAGAGGGGUAUGCCUCUAUGAUCUCACCACCAGCUCUGGUGUUUAUCAGAUGUUUGUUUUGCUGUCUUUCUAACCCACCAAGCACUGCUCAGGAAGCCCACUCCAGACUGGCACUGACUCAGAAAAGGAGGGUUUGUUGUAGAACAGUUCUUCCUGAAGCUUCCUGUUAUUGCCUAAAACUACUUCUGAAACUGAGCUUGAAAAGACAUACUUUGCCAGGGAUUUGGAAGAUUAAGACUUUGAAAAUGGCACCAGUCUUUCAGGUACACAGCUUGGCCCUGAAAGAAGCAGGUAUGUUUAUUUGUUUCCCAGGAAAGACUUGGUUAAGCUAAUAGGUAAAAAGGUGACAUUUUAAUCCAUUUGGAGCUCAAAGCUAGUUUGACUAGUUACCUCAUCAGACAUUCAUUUUUUGGCCAUUGCCAUGGAUGAAAGUAAGAUCUGCAACCCAAUCUGUCGUCUUUCCUCUCUGCUGGCAUCUUCAUGAUCUUACCUCUUCCUUUUAAAGAUUCUGUUGCAGAGAUAGUUUCUUAAGUAAUU